CUGAGGCGGCUGUUGCGGGCGGGCGCUGCGCCUGUGGCGAAGGAGACCCCGCCGGAGGAGGAGGAGGAGGAGGAAGAGGAGGAGAUCCCGCGAAGGCUUCGCCUGGAGCCGCGUCCCCCCGAACUCCUUUCUCCGCCCAGCCAUGAGAAGCGCAGGAUGAAGCUGGAGGCCGUCGUGGAACAGCUGCAGAAGCAGCAGCAGCAGCAACAGCAGCAGCAGCAGCAGGCGGCCCCUCUCCCCAUGGAGUCCCGAGACCGGCCCCCGAGGCCGAUGAGGGACCCUCCACUGCCCUUCCCUCCGCAGGGGACGCUCCAGCAAGCCAGCCUGGCCUCCCCGCCCGGCAAAGCCUCCGCCGGGCCCCUCCUCGGGCCUUCCGCUAGAAUGGCCCCCCUCUUGGGGGCUCCUCGGACCUUUGAUCAGAGCGCUCUGAACUCGGAAGAGGAGGAGGAGGAGGAAGAGGAGGAGGAGGAGGAAGAAGAAGAAGGGGAGGAAGAUUCGGAAGACGGGGACCUGGAGGACAAUGCCCCCAGAAGCGGCCAGGAUGCCCGCUCGGCUCUCAAGUACUUUCACGCUUCCAAAGCGGUUUCCCACAACCAAAGAGUGACCCCGUCUUCUAAGCCCCUCCAAGGCCUGGCGGGGUCCCAGCGGCACCUCCAGGGAAAGGACCAAGCGGGGAAAGAAACCCCCAACUUGCUCUAUUCCGCGUCCUCUACUGGGAGGCCCACGUGGCGGCUGGAGGAGCAGCACAAGCAGAACGGGAACUUAACUUGGAGCGAAGAAGCCGACAGUAGCAGAGGGAAAGAAGUGUCCCGCGACUUUGCCAAGUUGUAUGAAUUGGAUAGUGACCCCGAACGGAAGAAAUUCCUGGACGAUCUCUUCAUUUUUAUGCAUAAGAGGGGGACACCCAUCAAUCGCAUCCCGAUCAUGGCCAAGCAGAUCCUCGACCUCUAUAUGCUCUACAAGCUGGUGACGGAGAAAGGAGGCUUGGUGGAGAUCAUCAACAAGAAGAUCUGGAGGGAGAUCACCAAAGGCCUUAACCUCCCCACCUCCAUCACCAGUGCAGCAUUCACCCUUCGCACCCAGUAUAUGAAGUACCUCUACGCCUAUGAAUGUGAGAAGAAGUCCUUAAGCUCGCCUGCUGAGCUGCAGGCCGCCAUCGACGGCAACAGGCGGGAAGGCCGGCGGCCCAGUUACAGCUCCCCCUUAUUCAGCUUCUCGCCCGCGACCCCGGGACCGCCUACGCUCCUGUGUCCCCCCAAGAUCCGCUUCCCGCUUGUUAGCCUUACCCCCAGCAGCACAACUAGCAACCCACACCUGUCUUCAGCAGGGCCUCUCAGGAAAGUCAACUGA